CUCCGCCCGCGCCGCCGCCUCAGCCCCGCAGCAGAGAUUGAGGGGAGCUACUGCCGCCUGCCUCGCUCGCACCGCCAUGGGGGUGGAAGGCUGCACCAAGUGCAUCAAAUACCUCCUCUUCGUCUUCAACUUCAUCUUCUGGCUGGCUGGAGGCAUCAUCUUGGGAGUGGCCCUGUGGCUCCGGCAUGACUCGCAGACAACAAAUAUCCUCUACCUGCAGCUGGGGGAAAAGCAGGCCCCCAACACCUUCUACGUUGGAAUCUACAUCCUGAUCGCGGUUGGAGCUGUCAUGAUGUUCGUGGGGUUCCUGGGAUGCUAUGGUGCUAUUCAGGAGUCUCAGUGCCUUCUGGGAACGUUCUUCACUUGCCUGGUGAUCCUGUUUGCCUGCGAAGUUGCGGCUGGAAUUUGGGGAUUUGUCAACAAAGACCAAAUAGCCAAAGAUGUGAAGCAGUUCUACGAUCAAGCGUUUCAACAAGCGCUCAUGGCAGAUUCAGAGACGAGCAACGCAAAAACUGUGGUGAAGACCUUUCACGAAACGCUGGACUGCUGUGGUCCCGAUAGUGCAAUAGGAGCCAUCACUCCCCUGUGGAGGAAAGACCUCUGCCCAGAGAAGGACUCCAUCCUGAAAAGCUUUAUCGAGUCCUCAAGCUGCCACAAAAAAAUCGAUGAGCUGUUCUCCGGGAAGCUGUACCUGAUCGGUAUCGCUGCCAUUGUGGUUGCUGUGAUCAUGAUCUUUGAAAUGAUCCUGAGCAUGGUGCUGUGCUGUGGCAUAAGGAACAGCUCCGUCUACUGAGCCGUGAGAGCUGGGGAGGGGAAGGGGGGAGCAGGGUGGAUGGCGCUAGAGGGGACCCCAAGUGCCACCAAGUGACCAGGAGACAUUUCAACAAAAGAUAAAGAAAACCAUGUAUAUAAAUACUUCCAAUAUUACCAUACAGUACUUACAAUUUUUAUUUUUAAGUACUUUUUUUUUUUUAAUAAAUAAAGCUUUCCCAUAUCCUUGUGGCUGAGUUAGUUACACAUCAGUUUUGUGUGAUGGGGAAAGCUGCUGUAGCAGAAGAUUGAGUCCUUCCUCCCCCUUCCCUGUCCCCCUUAACUCAGAAAUAACAUUGGUGAAGAUGUACAGAGGAGAAGGCUGCAGCCCAUUAGCAGAAAAUUUUGCCUUGGUUUUUAUUCUCUUUUUCAACACCAACUUUUUUUUUAUAUACAUAAUUGGAUGUUGAAUCAGGAUUUAGCAUUUCUGUUCAUUUGUACUCAUCUUUUCCUACUAUCACCCCAACUCCUUGGCUUUUCCGUGCUAUCUGUUGGGAAGCCUGGCUGACUGCCUGAAUCCUGGGAGAGAGGAAACAGCCCCCAUCAUCUGAGUGUGACAUGUCUCAGGGGAGAUGCUUGUGCAUUGUUCCUCUCUGAUCUGUUUGCAUUGCUAGGUCAAUCCUUAACAGAAGUUAAAUAGGUUUACUCUCUGAAGAGCAGGGAUGUUUUUGUCUUUUGGGGUUGUUUUUGGAGGGUUUUUUUUUGGUUUUGCUCUUGGGGCUAUGAUUUUAUAAAUUGGCUCAUCUCCAUUGAUUUGUUACACUAAAGAGUCGGCAAUUGGGAGUGAAUUUUAGUUCCAGUUUUUCAAAUACAACAAACCAAAAAUAAGUCAUUUUUUAAUCUCCUUCCAAGUUUCUUUAUAGACAUGUUUUUGACAGUCUAGUUCUGUAACAAGUUUCCAUUGUUAAGCUAAUGCUUGCAUACAAAUGAUGUUGGAAAAAAGAAGAAAACUUUAAAAACUAAGACCUUUACCUAAGUAAUCCUGCAUUUAUGUAUUGCAGAACAAUGCUUGGAGAUUCCCAGCCAUAUGUAUACAUGUUUAAAAUUUCAUCUUUGUGUCUUGUUCAAUGAAAUUUUCCAUAUUGUCACACACUGUAACAUUGCUGGGAAAUUGUCAGAACCUGGUUUUGCAAAAAAAAAAAAAAGAGUUUAUUUUUUAAAACCUUCCACUUCCAUUUACAUCAAUGGCAGAAGAUCAGCUUAUCAAAGCACAGGAAUUCAGGAUUUUAGAUUGCACCAGUCAAAAUGCUUUCUUGUGACCUGGUAAGCUCUGACUGCCAAUUUGAUGUAUGUGGCUUCUGUCAUAUGCCACUCUGUUACCAUGUAGAUAGAGGGGGAGAGUGACCCAGGAGCUAUGUAAUAAAAUCAGAGUGUCUCUAAAAAGAUCUAUAUGUAUAGUUCUAUAGAUAUAUAUUUUUAAGCAAAGCCUUUUCCUUAGCCGUAUGGGCACUUCUGCUAGAAAUAGUGUUAUGUCAGCAUUUUGCCACCUUGAAGCAGGUAAGGGGAGGAGCUGAAACUAGUGAUCACCUUCCCCACUUCAGGAAUAUUUCUGUUUCUAAAAGUAUUUCACUCUCCCUCUUUGCUGCAAUGAAGAGCUUCAGAUCAGAUAGAGAGGGAAGGAUCAUUGUCCACUAGUACCUUGUCCAGUGCACAUGGGUGCCAUGGCCUUUGUCUGUACAGGUUAGGAAAUUCCUGCACUGGGGCAAGCUGAUCCAUUUGGAGGCUUUUUCCCCUUUCCUCUCCCCCCUUUCCUCUUCCUGCCUUUUAGUAUAUAGCGCCUUUGAAAAGUAUAUAGGUAAAUAUAUAUAUAUCUCUCUCAAGUUGUGCUGGGUAAGAGGAAGAAGUGCUUCAACAGAACUUUGAAUUGAGGGGUUGGAAAAGAGCAGAUUCAGCCUUAGAAAUAGCCUUAAAGCAACACUGCCCUGAAUGUCCACGUUAUGCACAUCGUGAAUUAGAUGGGAUUUUGCAGUAGGUAGCUCUCCCUGCUCCCCAGCAUAGCUCCUUCAGGUCAUCUACUCUGUUACGUGGAUAUAUGUAUAUGCAUCAGCCAAGCAUGUGUGUUUACAUAUAUGUGCAUCAGGAUCGUUAGCAUACAGAAUGGAUGUGUAACUUGCCUCCUUUUUUGUUGACUGUUGAUAAAUACGUAUAAAUAUGCCAUUAAGCAUUUCAAUUCUGUUUUCUUAUACUGUAUUUUUGAUAUUGUUCAGCAUUCAGUUGGUGCUCUGUAUGUAGCUGGAGCUCUGUUUGAAGAUGGACUGGGUCUCGGUGCAGCUCAGGUGUGUUCUUGGACAUUGAAGCUUUAUGGGUCUGGUUUGUCCCAGGCAGGAGCAAUUGGGAGACUGUGGUACUUGGAGAGGGGAGUCUAAGAUCUCUGGGAAGAAGAGCAUGAUGUUUGCUCAGACUAUGUCCUGCAUGGGCUGUAAUUUGCUCUCUGGCUCAUUUCAGAGCUGCCUUGUUGAUGGGGAGCUCCAGAGGCCUCUCUGUAGGCCACCUCCUGUCCCUGUGGUUGCUGCAGGAAAGGUGCUGUGUGAAAAGUGCUGUGGUAGGGGAACAGCCAGGGGCUGGGAAAAUUGUGGAAGGAGACAGAAGGAAUUUUGCAGGGAGAGGGUAAUGCUUUCUUCAGUUACUAGCUGAAAGUCCCCAUGUUAGUGGAAUGGUCAUCAGCCAUGGGAGAAGAGGGACAGAGAAGAACUGUCAUGUUUAACAACGAUUAAGUAGCUGAGAAACACUCACAGAAUAAACUACCUACUUGGGUCUUUUCUAGUCUGGCCUCCUAGGAAGCUGGACCAGAGUUAAACUAAGAGGGAGCUGUGAAGGGCUGAGAGAACUCAGCCUGUUGCAAGUACUCAAGAUCCAAAAGGCUCUUCUGCCAAUCAGUGGGUCCCAAAGCUGGCUGAGGUGAAGGGGAAAAAACCACUAGGUAGGACCCCUGCCCUGCCUCAGACCCUCCCCUGCACACCUGUACAUUUGUGUGUGCAACAUGGGGCCCCGUCCAGCUCCCCUCUGCACCCCCAAGAAACAAUCUUAAGGAUGAAAUUGUGGCUGUGAAUACAAAUCACUCCUCCUCCAGGGAAGCAUCCUCCUGGAGCUAGUGACAGCUAAGAAAAUGGCUGUGAUCUCAGGUGGGUGAGAGAGAAAGGCUGGUGGGGAUGGGAGAGUCAAUUGUGCAGGUCUAAGUUCAAAGACCACAUUGAAAGGUCAAACAGAGCCCCUGACAGCUCAACUGAAUGCUUGGGAUUUUUUCAUACUGUGGAGCAUGCCACAAAGCAGUGUGUUUAACUUCUUUCUGCCUUUCUUUUUUAAGAAAUGAAACAAAAAUCAAUUUAAUAAACAUUUCUCAUAGUGUGCAUAGUGUGAUAAACUGCUGCAGUUUUACAACCAGUUAACCUUAACACCAGGAUGCUUUGUGAACCAGGCUUCAACAGCAUGGGUUUUUCCAGCCUCUGGGAGGGGUGUCUGCAGGCAGGCUGGGGAUGCAUCCAGAAUGGUGCUGAGGGAAGGCAAAAAUGUUGCUCACCAGCAGUGGUGGCUGAUGUAAUUGUGCCCCCCCUCAAGGGAAUGGGGGCACAGCUGUGGGGGAGCAAAUGUGGAUUGCAAAUUAGGGUGACUCUGCAGAAAUUCAGGGGGGCUGCAGUGCAGUACUGCACACAGUCAAGGGGCUUCUCCUAAAGUGACCAAAAAUGGCCCAAAAUGCCUUCUGCUGCCAUCUGGCCUGGGGCUGCUCUGAUUUUUCUGCAUGGUUUGGUAAUGCUGCUGUUGCUGCCACCGCCUGUCCCUCCACACCAUUAGGGGAAAGCCUGGCAGAGAGUAAGAGCGAAGGCCAAGUGCUGUGAUCCCACAAUUGUCUGCCUUUCUCUGCCCUGUCUUGGACUUCUGGCUGCGUUUGAAGCAGGAAGGUCCCUCAGCAGCUGCCAGCCACGGCCCAUGGCAGGAUGGAGAGGGAGGGAAUGCUGGGCAAGGGAGAGUGAAGUUGAAGCACCACAUAGAAAGGCAAGCCCUGCUCCUGGCAGCUGUGCCUGUGCUACACCAUCAUGCCCAUCUGUUGUUCUUUCACUUGUUUACCUGAAUGUUAUUGGAGUCAGACAUAAUUACUUCUGGAAAGAGGAAAAACAAAAAAGUUAUAUUUCAAAACAAUAAUAAAAGAAACAAAGCAAA